ACUUGUCGUCAGUCCGCCACGAAAACAAUCUUUUUUUUUUCAUUUUAACCUCUCUCCCAUUCCGGUUCCAACGAGACAUCUGUCUAUGUUGUUUUCUUGUGUUUUUUAAUAAACAACGUUCUUUCUGGCGAUGCGUUGAAUAUAAAGCUACAUUUUUAGUAGAAAAAUUAACGUAGUAUAAUUUUAUCUAUAUUAUUUUUCCCUCGUUACAAAUAAAAAUGACGUAUUUAAAUUCGUGGGAAGAGUUCGAAAAGGGUGCUGAGAGGUUAUAUCUUCAAGACCCAAUGAAGGCUCGGUAUACAAUGAAAUAUUGCCAUAAUAAAGGUGUUCUAUGUCUAAAACUUACAGAUAAUCGAACGUGUCUACAGUACAGAACGGAGAUAGCACAGGAUUUAAAGAAGAUGGAAAAGUUUAUAGGAAACUUAAUGAGGCACAUGGCAUCUAAAGAGAACUAAAUAAGGACUAGAUAAGAUUAGAGACACUUCUUGAAUCAAGGAAUAAAAGUGCUGCGCAUUUAAUUCAUUGUUUAUGUUCUUCUAUUUUAUAAGAUUUAAUGACUGAUGGGAUUAUAGAUAUUUAAUUUGAAUGAGGUAUAAAAACUUUCUUAAAUAUACAAUAUGUGCAUAAA